UGUACAGUUGAUCGAAUUGAAGAAAAAUUCUCCAACAGUUUUCAAGAUCAAAAUAGGACUCGCAAAAUUCUCAGGAUGGAUUCCCAAUGCACCAAACAAACCACAACAAUACAGAUUCAAAAGGACAAUCUGAUAAACACACCACCAAUAUUAUCUCCACCUUCACUAUGGUUAUCGAAAAGACUCUUGGUUGCCGUUCUAAUGUUCUUGUGCCAUGUGAACAGAAGUUUUCUACGGUUCAACAUCAGUAUUGCAGUGGUAGAGAUGACCUCCGCCAAGCAAAUCCAUUCCGGAAAUUCAACAGAACUCAUGCCAGCGCCAUUUGACUGGGAUUCCAAAACAGUUGGAUUAGUGAUGAGCAUGUUCUAUUAUGGAGGAUUACUCUCAUUUAUUGGAGGCCCCAUAGGAGCCAAGCUAGGAGGAGCGGUCAGCUGUUCGUUAUUCAUGAUGUUAUCAGCGAUCACAACCAUUCUGCAGCCCAUCAGCUUGAAAUAUGGGUUUAAUUUAUUCCUGGCUUGUCGUUUAUUCACAGGGAUAUUCGAAAGUUUCUUCACGGUCAGCAUGGCGGAUAUUUGCGCCCAAUGGAUACCAAUACGAGAAAAAUCAAAAUUAAUGGCUUUCAGCGUGAUUGGAUUCCAAACAGGGGUCGCCUUUGUGCACAGUUUUUGCGCAUUUCUCGCUUCAGGUUGGGGCUGGACGAUGGUUUUUUACGCUACAGGUUCCAUAUGUUUAAUUUCAUCAAUACUUUGUUUCUUUCUGGUGAAAAAUCAACCUUUGGAUGAUCCACGAAUUUCUAAGAGAGAGCUCAUGUACAUCCUCGAAGGAACAGCAACAAGUCCAAGAAAAAUGGCAAUACAUCCGUACAAAAAAAUACUGACUUCGGGUCCAGUUUGGGCUCUUUUCAUCAGCAGGUUCACUCAAAUGUGGCUAUUCACUAUUUUGAUCACCUGUCUCCCGUUGUACGUCAAAGAUCUGAGUCACAGAGACAUCAAAGAAAUAGGAAUGCUUUCCUCCAUACCUAAUAUCCUCAGUAUUUUCAUGCUCCCAAUUUGUGGAAUUCUUCUGGAUUGCGCCAGAAACGCGAAUAUUUCAGUGACCAAGACGCAUAAAAUCUUGACCAGUGGAGCAUUCAUUUUUGGUGGAGUUAUUUUCCUCGCAGUGUCGAUAAUUUCCGACUUCAUGUUCUCAUUAAUCGCUUUUGUUCUGAUUCAAAUGUCAUUAGCAAUAAUCAGUCUAGUCUCACAGAUUCUCAUCAUCAGUAUAGCACCAAACAGCAGCAGUGUAAUAGCUGGACUUUGUCUGUUCGCUUAUUCCACGAGUAGUAUUAGUGCUCACAAUAUAACUGGAUUCAUGACUACAAAUCACAGUUUACAAGAAUGGAACAAUUGUUUCCUUCUGACAAGCGGCGUUUCAAUUCUAAGUGCUGUGAUAUUCACAGUGUACGGUUCCAGUGAAGCUCAAUCGUGGUCCACAUCGUCACCAGAUAAACCAGAAGAAUUUUAUAACCAAUCUAAUCAAAAUCAAUCAGUCAAAAAAAUGACGAAAUAAUACCGAGACGUGAAAUUUUACACCAUAGUAUUAUCUUAUACCUAAUUAUUCAACGACAAUUUAUAAAGCUGAUACAGCUCAUCGCAUUAUUAACCGUUUCUUUGAACACGAUGAAAAUGGCAAUGACCUACGUUAUUUCUCUAAUCGUUGUUUGUGACGUCACAUUUCGUAAUUAAAAUUAUCUCGAGCAAUGUGGAAAUAAUCAUGAUUAUAUAACUCGACAUAGUUAUCAUGUAAUGAACAUAAAAUUAAAAUCGACUCGCAAAAUUAACUAGGAUUAAAAAGAAAACGAGUGUACGAUCGCCUAUUAAAUUUUAAAGAUCUUGUA